AUGCCAGAAAAACUCAACUUCACGGAGUUCGAUGACGAUCCGUUCGCAGAUACGGGCUCAGAUACACCCAUACAAGAGGAACUAUUAACGUCGGUCUAUUCAGUCGUUUACUACUCAAUGUUUUUCACGGAAACCGUCAAACUGUUCCUCAGCAUCAUUCUUGUAGUGGCUGACAGUUACUUAGCGAUCACUAUCUACAAAGACAAGAAGCAAACUAAAAGUAAAAAACUGAUAAUGCAUUUCGCCAUCAUUCAUAUCUUGUUAUUCGUAUCUUCGCCUUUAUUGUACAUUUUGAUGGAUAUAACGAAUAUUAUGAAUUAUGUUAAAGGUGAAUUUUACUUAUGUUUAUUAGCUAUAGAACAGUUGAGUUGUAUUUUGAGUUUACUGCUAGCUUCAGGAUUAGCGAUGGAGUGGUUAAUAAUGGUAUAUAACCCAAAAUUUAACGGUGUAAUAAAGUUUUUUUAUAACAAUCUUAUAAUGAUAUUUUAUAUUGUAACUUUAUCGCAAUUUAUUAUUCAGUUUGUGAGCUUAGCUUUUGAAGAAAGGUGGCUUAUAAGUCAUUUUAUUUUUAGAAUAUCCCUAUUUGUUGUUUCAUUGUUAUUAAUUUGGUGUAACUAUUUAAAAUACAGAAAUAGAAUUUCCAUGCAAGCUAAAAAAGGGUAUUCUCUCAUCGUAGCGAAUAUCAUAACCUUUUCUUGGAUUCCUCUUUACAUUCUUGACAUUCUCUUGCAUUAUACAUCGGAUUAUAGAAUUUUCCACGCUAUACUCUUGCUGUUAUGGUUCAUACCAGAGUGGCUGGCAUUUGGUAAUACACUAAUUGUAAUGUAUGUGCUGGCAAAAUAUAACAUCUACUUCCAAAAUUACUACGAUAAAUUGUUUAAAAGAGGUGUUAGAUAUAGAGAUGAUGAGGAAUAUUUGAACGAAUCUUUCGAUGAAAGUAGUACCAAGAACGUCACAACUACAUACGAAAAUGUGUAUGUUUGA